UGGGGAGUGUAGGGUUGUAAGGACCAGAUAAGCCAGUCUGAAUAUGAUAUCAAACUUAUACUUUCAUGAUGCCGGGCUUCUGCACUCUAUCGCAAAGACCACUUAAGAUCUAUGGUUUUUCCCAUAAAGCAUGUCACCAAUAUAAUUUUCGGUCUUUUAACAAGAAAAAGCUAAGGUGAUUGGCAUGCAUUAUCACAACUAGAAAGGCACCUGUAUAAACUAUAUUUUUAUCUAACUGCGAUUAAGAGCCUUUGUGUGGUUUAACAAUAGUUUUAAUACCCGUCUGUAAUAGUAUAUCUUUCCGCAUUCCAAAAAAUAAAACUUUGGAAAUUGAAUUAUGAAUUUUCACUCGCUUCGGUACUGUAUUUACAUGUUACACCAGCAACAGAAGUUCAGGUCUUUGAAAUAGAAGUUCCAGAAAUCGAAAAAUAUGGAUGAUGUCAACAUCAUUUGCGCAACCAACGACUCUUUGUGCAGAGAAAUUUUGAAAAACUUUUUGACAUCAAUCCAAAAAGAUUACUUACUUAAAAAUAUACAGAAAAAGAAUGAUAAAGAAACAGUUUUAUCAAAAUCUUCAAUAUUCGUAUUCUUAAACUGUCCAGAAAUCAAUGAAGAUAUCAAUGCUGCAUUAAAUGACGUCAAUCCAAAAGAAUAUUUCAUUAUGAUGAUUAUUGUUUCGCAUGGACGGCGAUGUGAAAAGAGUUGUAACCCAAGUUUCACUGUCAGCAGUAAAGUUAGAAUGUGGUGUUCUAUUUGGGGCGCAGAAGACAACACGUGUCCCAAUACAGAAGAGAAUAUGAAUGCAAAUAUCAUGUUGGAUUGUUUCUUAAAAAUAAUUAACAGCCAAUGUGCCAAAAUGAUGGAUAUUAAUGGAAAAGAAGGCAUUCCAUGUACACAUAUGAACAACAGCAUAUUAAUUCCUUUUUUGGGAGUUGCUGAGGUGCAUAUGUUGCCAGAUUGUGUGCAUGUGGUAUGUUCUGAAAUCGCAGAGAAAGUCUUCCAAAGCUUUUCCAAGUUCAUGGAAACUAAAAUUGACGUAUCCACCACUCGAUCGAGCAGAAAUUCGAAGGGAAUGCCACUCGUGGCACUGUGUGUACAACACGAUGACACUAAAAAGGAAAUUCAGAAACUGCAUAGUUUAACUGGUAGUCCAGCAACCCUGAUUAUGAUUAAUGCAUGCGAAGUUGGUGUUACUCUUACUCCCAUUAAGCCUUCGGUUGAUAAAACAAUAUUUCCAAAUGUUGUCCAUCUUCGAUACAGCGACACAAGUGAAACAAUUUAUGAUUGUCCUGAAAACAGAAGAACAGAAGUUAUGCUGAAAAAAGAAUUUCAGAAAUAUCGAAAGUCUUUUGAGAGUUCUUGGAUGGGAUCAAUUCCAAGCAAAUUUCAAGUUGAGGAAUCUGAAGAGUCACUGAAAACUCCUCAGAUUGAAACACAACCUCCAAGAACCGUCGGAAAUCUGGGUGCACAGAUGAAAUCGUCAGAACAUUCAAUCCCACCCACAUCCAAAGAUUUCGUGAUACUUUGUAAUCGUAGAGUUGAUGUAUGCAAGAACAUUCUGAUGAAUUUCAAAACAUUAUAUUCUUUUCAAAAUGAGUUCCAAUGGGUGACCAAAGCCCGAGAUGCCAAGAAUGUUAAAAAACGUGUUUUGGUUUGCUUGAAAAUCUCCCGUUUGACAGAUGAUAUAGCAGAUGCUAUAAGAAUGGUCGAUCUUUCAGAUGCUGAAACAUUUUUCCUUGUCAUUAUACAUACGGUUGAACAAGGCAUAGAAGUGGAUACUUCUUUCUCGUCACAGGAUUCUAGGAUAGUAGAUGUUGCCGACAUUCCAUAUAGCGAGAGAUGUGGAUGUUAUGACUGCCCAGAAAGCAAGCUCGCAAUUUCUAAAUUUCAAUCAUGGUUCAAGUCUUAAAAGUGAAUGUUAUGUACUAAUAACAAUACACUAUCGUACACUUUGAAACAAUAUUGACAAUUAUGAAAAUUAAUGUAAUGUCAGCAUUUCUGUCAAACUAAAAUAUGAUUCAUUUUUAGAAGCUAUGCGGCCAUUGGAAUUUUUAAUAUUAUUUCGCUAAUGAAACAUUCUAAAAUGUGUUUGAUGUUGUUGGUUUUUUUUUUCAAACAUGAAAUGCACUGUACAGGGGGAUAACACAAAUAUUAUUAGCAAGUUAAUGCCUGAAAGAUAACACUUAAUAUUUUGCCUCUUUCUAUCUAUAUCUUUCACCGUAUCAUAAAAGAUGUGCAUUUAAAACGUUUUAAGUAUUUACAUUUUUUAGAUUGAAUUCUUUUUACAUUUUUAACAGUGCCCCUAUAUAAAACAAUAAAAUCAUGCUGUAUGUCUUUCUGCUCGGCUGCUUGAAAUUAUAUUUAUUGACAGUAAAAUCUCAACUUUCCCAAAUACAUGUAUCGCUGCAUUCCGAAUAUAUUAUGUACUUCUGUCUUCUGAUGAGAAUAUUGAUUUGUUGUAUGUACUUUUCAUUAUCAAAAUUUAUUUUUGAUUUUUUUGGAAUUACUUUUUGAUGAAAUUGAUAGAAGAAUAAAUAUUUGGUAUUGAUAUUCUGUACUCAAAAGUUAUAGUUUAUAUUCACGUAAUGAACAGGGAAAAGGGCGAUCACUUUUAAUCCAUGCCCAUAGUUGAUUGAGGCGGAUAUUUUAAAUGCGAUCCCGAUAAGAUAGUUGUCAUUUUUUUUCUAUUUAAACAUAGCCAUACAAAUUGGAUUCUAACUCAUAAAAUUAUCUUGAUAAUAGUUUUAUUGGUUAAUGAUAACCUUUAGUUUAUGUAUAUACAAUUUAUACCCAGCUCUUGUAGAACUGCGGUGGCAUAAGGGAUAGCGUGCUCAGUUAGCGUGCACACAGUCCUGAAUUCAAACUCGCGAAUGAGCAUUUAUAGAUAAACGCAUCUAGGACUAAAUGUGAAAACUUUGAAGGAGACAAAAACGCAAAGUAUUAAAAAGGAAAUUAUAAUAGUGGACAUUUUAAAUAACCAUGCACUGUGCGUAAAUAGUAGGUAAAUCCAAAACUGACAGAAAUCAAAACUGACAGGAAUCGUAACGAUACGCGUUAUAUCUAAAUCAAAAGACAUUUAUCACUACUCCUGGACAUUUAAUGUAUCAGUGUAUACUUUUACAUGCAUAAAAUAGAGUUAUCUGUAAUAGGCACAUAGAAUCAGAGAAUUCCGAAGUUACCCGGACGUAUACGGACAACUGUGAAACGUAACGCAACAUUUGAUCCGCUUGUUCAUGGAAGGCGGGAGUAUAACGUAUUUGAUAUAAACAGUACCUUGUGACAUCGUGGGUUUUUUUCAAUCACCAUAGUCAUCUGAGGUCCUAACAAAUAGGCAAAUGUCACAGUCUGCAAAUACUUUAUUACAGGGAUCAAGAUGGCGGUUCCCAGGAUGAGGCGAAGAAAAUUUCCAUGAUAGCACAUUAAAUUUCCUUGCUUGAUUUGACUAAUCCUGUCUUAUACACGUGUCACCGUUAGAGCUCGCUCUUUGGGAGGCCCUUUAGGCCGCUCGCUAAGGUUACUGUAAUUAGGAAGUUUGAAUUUAUACUUGCAAGACAAAAAUCCAAACAAUUUCGAUAUUGAGAAAAUAUGAAAGGUUUUACGUUUAUAUUUAUACAAAUUCAUCUGAUUCAAAAUAUAAUUAUGUAAUCAGACAUUUUAUUAAGGGCAGUAUCUUUCAUACGCAAGGACUAUGUCAUAAACCACCGUUAAAUACUCGAGUAUAUGUAUGGAAACAAAGCAUUGCAUUGCUUAUUUUGACUUUUUUUUAAUAUACACUUGCUUCCAGUAGAGCUCGCUGUGUUCGAUGAUCGGUAACGGUAACUUAGUAGUUAUGGCGCUUAUUUCGCAAACUAGAGAACGAUUCUUUAUCACGUCUUCGACUAUUCCUUUCCUGAAGCGUCCUGCACUAGAAGUCAAAGAUACCGAUCUUUAACUUUAUAAGACUUUAAAUACUGGGCCCUACUGAGUCAAACUGGACAUUAGCAUAACCCUGAUUGUUAUGAUCUUGACCACCAUGCAUACAUAGAAAGAUGUUAAUAUACCUAAAGCUUAUGACGUGUCUAGAAGAUUUAAAAUUAUACAAUGGGACUUAAAACAACAUAAAAACAAAACGUAUCAUGUACUCCAUACAGCAUUUGCGUAACACUUAAUUAUUUGAUUUAGUGCACGAAUUAGAAAGAUUGGGGGUAAUUUUAUUCGCACUUGAUGCGUGAAUGAAAACGUGAAGAUAACAGAGAUCGAUCUUAUAAAUCCUUCAGAGAAUACGAAAUUAAGCGUAGGUCAAAUACGGACCACUGGACAUUCCAGAGGUAGGGUCAGGGUUGGAUUGCUCUUCCGCAAACUUCUUAAAACAGCAUUUAAAAAUAUGAUUAUCUUUGUGCAGACGUGUGGAGGUUUACUGUAUUCCUAGAAAUAAUCUCCUGAAAAAUAAAUCCCCUUACCAGGUCUUUCAGCAAUAACUCCGUUUAUCUGAUCAAGAUAAAGGGCUCAUGGCGGGUGUGACCGGUCGACAUGGUAUACUUACUCUUACUAGGCACCUGAUCUCACCUCUGGUAUACCCAGGUGUCCAUGUUUGCCCAACCCUCUAAUUUGUAUUGCUUCUAUGAGUUAUGAGAUUGAUCACUAUUUGUUAUCGUCGCCUUUCAUUAAUUCGCAUGAUUUUGGUAUGGAAAGUUUCAUCUGUAGUGCUUUGGUUGAAUUUCACCACCAACAAACAGAUAGACGAAAAAUAUUUCAGAUUUAUGGUAAAUCAUGCGAGAAAAUAAAAUUCUAUAUCAUAUACUACUGUGGUCUUAAUUGUGCAUUUUAAAAUUGUUCGGUGAAUAUUUAUUUAGCAAAGGGUUAGGUAAAACACGGAACGUCCUUUUAUUGAUAAGAGAAAGGCGGUUCAAUGUUGUUUUUACAAGUUCAACAAUAUUACGGAUCAAUGUUAUGAUGCAAUAAAGUAGAUUGUUUUGAAAAUUUAGCAGAUGUCAAUGUAUAUGUAUGCAAUUAUUUUCCACUGAUUUGAAUGCAAGUGAAUAUUCAUGAUCUUAUUUCACUGAAGAACCAAUGUGAUGCCCAGAAGCUUCAGAUAUUUCCUGCGUAUUCUUCCAACGGUCUGCAGAAUGGAAUGUGAUUGCUGUCGGAAGUGUUGUCAAGCAAUUUGCUCUUUCCUAUUUGCCUGUUGUCGAUGUAGAUGUCAUUUCGAAGGCAAUACAGAAAAUGGCCAUCUUCUCGCGAAUUCGACCAGUGCAAUAGCUGCCUAUCAACUAGACCUGUGUCAAGGGAUUUUGGACUCAUUCUCGUAUAUGUACUUGGGUUCUGUCAGACAGAACCUACAUUGGGACGCAUCUAAUAUUGUUAGUGGCAAAACAGUUGUCAUUUGUGCAAAACUUUCUAGACUUCAAGAUGAUAUACAAGCUACUCUUGAACGUCUGGAUAUCAUAGGGAAACCGAAGAUUAUGUUAGUAGUGAUUCAUUUAUGUGAGCAAGGUGUAACUCCAGAAAAUUUGCUUACUGACCUCCGAGAUGAUAGAGUGACGUCAUUUACCAACGUCGUAUACAGUGAUUCGAUGAAUGGGUGUUAUGAAUGUCCUACCAACGGAAAGGCAGCCGCAGACAUUAAAACAUUUAUCAAAUGAUUUCUGAUAUGAUAUAUUGUUAUUGAACAAUGCAAGAUUUAAUGAACACUCUCACAAAACAUUAAAGUAAUCCAAACAAAUUAA